AUGGCAUCGCCCGUCUCACAGAAGCUGGAGGAGAAGCUGGUGUGCUCCAUCUGCCUGGAGCUGUUCAGCAUGCCCGUGACUUUGCCCUGUGGGCACAACUUCUGCAAGGACUGCAUCAACAACCACUGGCAGAAGCAAGAGCAGGUGCCCACCGGGGCUGAGAAGGGCUACACGUGCCCUGAGUGCCGCAGGGGCUUCGAGCAGUGCCCAUACCUGGAGAAGAACGUCACCCUGUGCAGCGUGGUGGAGCUGGCACGGGAUGGCGAGGCGCGGGUCUCGGGCAGAGAGAGGAGUGAUGUGGCCCACGGCGAGCUGUGCCCGCAGCACGGGCGCCCGCUGGAGCUGUACUGCGAGGAUGAGCGGCGGUGCAUCUGCUGCGUCUGCACUGUCCGGCAGUGCCAGCGGCACCGGCGGGUGCUCUUCGAGGAGGAGCGCUCUAAAAAGCAGGCCCUUUUGAAAGAGUCCCUGGAAAAAGCCCAGGAGGAAUCGGAGAGGAUUGAGCAGGUGAUGCAGAAGCUGGAGGAGCAAACAUGCAGCAUCAAGGACUCCUCUGAGAGGCUCAAAUCGGUGAUUCAGAGCAAAUUCACCCUCCUGAAGAAAGCCUUGGAGGACUGCCAGUGGCAGACGGUGGCCAGUAUCGAGCAAGGGCAGGCGGCAGCGCUGGGGCGCAUGGAGGAGGGCUGGAGUCUCCUGAAGGACCGCCUGGAUGUCCUGGGUCAGCACAGGGAGAAGGCUCAGCACCUGCUGGCCUGCCCCAACCACAGGACCUUCCUUCAGGAGUUUCCCCUGCUCCCAUCUCCGGAGAACCCAGAGGUGCCGCUCCCCAUGGAGUUCGAUGCAGCCAGCAUGGUCAAACCCGUCACUGAGAUCCUCACCGAUGUCUCCAGGCUCCUGCUGGAGGACCUGCCCCGCGCUGUGGCCCCCAAAGCCCCAGACCCAGCUGGCCAAGGCACGGUGCAGCCCGCGGGGCCGGCGGUGAAGGUGGUGGCCCCUCUCCCUGAGUGCCAACUCCGAGCUGAGCUUCUGAAGGACCACCGCAACCUGACCUUCGAUCCCAAGACGGCCAACAAGUACCUGGAGCUGUCGAAGAGUAACCGGAAAGCCAGGCACGGCGCCGAGGCUGCCUGUGGGCAGGAGGAGCAGGGACCCCGCUUCGAGCCCUGGCAGGUGCUGUGCACACAGGGCUAUGGCCACGGCCACCACUACUGGGAGGUGCAGGUCUCCAACCACUCCGUCGUCCUGGGGGUGACCUACCGCAACCUCCCCUGGGAGCGGCAGCAGGGCCACAAGUUCAACAUCGGGCUGGAUGGGGGUUCGUGGGGGCUGCAGGUGCGGGAGGAUUGCUACUUGGCCUGGCACAAGGGCCAGAGGGAGAAAAUCCAGGAGCGGCUGUUUAAGAACCUGGGGGUCAGCCUGGAUUACGGCAAGGGGCUCCUCUCCUUCUACGGCCUCGGGGAGAGGACGCAGCUCAUCCACUCCUUCCACAAUGUCUUCACCGAGCCCCUCUACCCUGUCUUUUGGCUGUGCGAGGGGCGAACGGUGACGCUGUGCCAGUGGGAAUCAACUGGAGGUGCCGCACCACUCCAUUAG